CGCCCCGAGCCCCGGCCCCCUCUUCUCACCUUCAGGCUGGGCCUCAGGGGGGGCCAGGCCUUCCAGGGUUGUCAGGCUCAUGUGGACGGUGUCUUCAUGGCCACAGCUGGCGGUGCCGUGCUCCCCACCAGCCCGGCAGAGGACCCCGGGGAGCGGCCUGCGUGGAGGUUCCUCGGGAGGCCUUCUGCCUUCCUCACCCAGCUCCUGGCGGGUCUCAGGUUCUGCAGGCUUGGCAGAGGCCAUCUCUGCCGCGACGACGCCUGCGGCCUCGGCCUCGGCCCCGGGAGAGCGGGAUGCAGCAGAGCCAGUCCAUCCCUCCUCCGUCCUCUCCUGGACUGGACCAGAAGACCCACUUUCCAAAGAGAUUGGCUGGAGUUCCCACUGGGGCUCAGUGGGUUCGUGCUCCAGUCGUGUCUGUGGAGGCACCCGUUGGAUCUCCAGCCCUGUGCGGUGGGGAAAGGAUCGGGCAUUUCGGCAACGGUGCUGUGGGUCGUAGGCGCGGCUCAGAUUCCAUCCCUGGUCGGGAACUUCCAUGUGCCACAGGGGCGAGCCACUCUGGGGGCAGAAGCCAGGUCCAGCCUUGGGUUCCCGCUCGGGCCCCGCUCCAGCUCACCGGGUCCUCGGGAUGACGGCAGCCCUCUUCGGGGGCCCAAACCCAGAUGUGGGGCAGGCCAGAGGAGCCCGGCCCACCCCCAGCAGCACGCACCCCCAAAGGUCUCCUCCUGCCCUUCCAGGCCUGCCGGCCCCCUCGCCACCCGCCUCAGCAGGCCUCUUCCAGGGCUGCUCCCCCCGGGGGGUCCUGCCAAGCUGCCCCCGCCCCCUCGGCCUCCAUGGGACCCUGGCUCCUGCGGGAUCUCGUCGAGCCCUUCUCCAGGCCUUCCUUGCCCCUGCCUGACCCUCCACACUCGGCUCAGCACCCGCUCGUCCGCUGGGGGCCUUGCCCGGCUGUUUGGCCUCCUCCCGGAGCCGGCCACAGGGCAAGGCACAUAGAAGUUCCCAGGCUAGGAGACAGAUCAACACUGGAUCGUUUAGCCAGUGAGCAAGGCCAGGGUUGGAACCUGCAUCCUCAUGGAUACCCGCUCUGCAAAUCAGGAGGUUCUUGACACUGUGCAACCACAUCCAAGAAUGAAUGCGACCCUGCGCUUGGUGAAAGGGCAGCUGCUGUGCACGAGUGCACAACCCCCCGCCCCCGCCGUCAAUUCAGCUGACUUUGGACGGUCCUCCAACGGUUUCCUGGCUCUCGGAGUUCCCGUCGUGGCUCAGCGGUUCACGUGCCUGACGCACAUCCCUGAGGAAGCGGGUUCAAUCCCUGGCCUCACUUGAGGGGAAAGGCUCCGGCGGGGCCGAGAGCUGUGGUGUGGGCCCCAGACACGGCUUGGAUCCCCUGUCGCUGU